AUGUCGCAUCGGGACCCACCCACCAGCUCGGGUCAAGCUUCUCGUCUACUCCUAUCCCGGCGCCGGAGUCGCAGCGAGAGCCCACGGCGAUUAACAGCUACAUCUAACACCAUCGAAGGACUCGUAUCGGAACCGCCAGCAGCCAAACACAUGCAACGACCUGCUGUCAUUGGAGGUGUACGGCCGCCUGCUCAGCUGAGCAAAGCGACCGCCGAUAUGCUUCAGUCACUGCGAUCGGAUGUGGAUCGCCUACAGAGACAACUUACCGAGAAGGAUUUGAAGCUCAAAUCGCUGGAAGAUCGCUUGGGCGUGCUUGGAGUGAGUGUCGAAGAAAACCACGAAGCGGUGUGCGAGGUAUUGAAGAGGGAGGACGUGGGUGUCUUCCACCGAUUGGAAUCACUCGAGAAUAGUCACGACAGACUCUGGCAUGGACUCAAUGCUGUGCGGCAAUCUCUGGAGAAUAUGGGACCUACCGAAGGAGCGCCGACUGCCGGAGAUGUGCCCGAACCAUCUGAGAUAGCACCGAAGGUUCGCAAGAACAACACAGUUCUACAGGCUGUCACGCGGAACGCGGUGUAUGACAUGAUCGGAAUCGAUAGCAAGAGUGCUCUCCCGGAGCCAACAGGAGGUGACUUCUGGGUUGACGACGACGAUGGGAAGCGGAUGUUGCGACCUACCUGGGAUCAUUGGUAUGACAACAAGUCAGGGUGGGUCCGAGGGGUCGCACAGAAGAUCCAGCUAGACGGUCACCAGUGGCAUGGCAAGAUGAGUGCGGAGGAGUUAGAGAAGACACCGCUCACUGAGAUUGAAUCUUCGAUCAUGACUGUAUGGGAGUCCCUCAGAGAUCGAUACAAAAGCAGCUUGAAGGCGCCGCAGGAGAGAGCUGAUCAGCAAAGGGUUAAGCGGCACGAACAACGCAAAAAAACGAAACUUGCCGAGCGAAAGAUGAUGCGCCCGCAGGUAAAGGAGAUGAACAUCCCGAAGUGGGAUUGGUUCUUGAGCGCAUGGAAGUAUAUGUCGACCGAUGAAACAGGCGGCGAAGAGCCACGCGAUGGGACAGAUGCUGUUGACGAAAACACAUCAGAGGAUGAGAAGGCGCAUGUCACAGUCAUUGCGAGACAGAAGGUCUGGAUCACACACUGGCCUUCUUAUCGUCCACGAGAGCUUGAGGCACCACUGAAGAAGCUUGAGAAGGCGAUUGCAACGCACCGCAAGGAACACUCGUCUGCGGGCGGAGCGCAGCAUGCAGCGCGUACCCGUGGUCCACCGAAAGAUAAGGACCUUCCAAACCUAACACGAUUGAAGAAUGCGCAGAAGAUACCGCGCAGUCUUGUCGAUCCCGAGUGGCUCGAGGAGCACCCUGACCAGAACAAACCACUCCUGAUGGUUUUCGACGACCUGGACAAAGAGUAUGAUGGUGGAGAUGAAGACGAAGAAGAUGAAGAUAAAGAGGGCGCACUAGUUGCACCGAGCACCUCUGACGCGCUAGUGGACCCGGAGUUGAACGAUGGGGAUGAUGUGUUUAGUAACGUUGAGUAG